ACCAUGGCGGCGCACUCUCACUCUCAUCCUCACUCGCACUCUCAAGGAGCUGAUUAUCCAACGCACAACUUCGGCACAGGCUCGAAAUGGAUUAAAGGCCUCACCCAGAGCCGCCUCGGCAACUUCGUCGGCGGCCACUUCUCUGAUGUCAAUCUCUCCGCCGUCAUGUUCACCCACAGGCUCGAUAGCUCCGACUUCGUCAGCCUGCAGGUAUGGAGCGCUCCGGGGAGGUCGAAGCCUAGCUUCGAAGAAGCGAUGAAGCAGGACUUCAAGCCCGCCAAGAAGGGGGAUUCGUUUGGGCCUUCCUGGACGAACCACUGGUUCAAGGUGUCCCUCAACGUCCCCACUUACUGGCAGCAGUACGAACGGGUCCAAUUCGAAUUCGAUCCAGGAUGCGAAGCAAUGAUCUUCUCUACGGAUGGAGUGCCUCUUCAGGGUAUCACUGGAGGAUAUGGCGGCGAUCGGCGCGUCGAAUACAUCAUCCCCAUGAGUUCUGUCGAAGCUGGCAAACACGAAAUCGUCAUCGAGUCGAGCUGCAACGGCAUGUUCGGUGUGCCGUGGAACGGUGAUACCAUCGCCCCUCCCGAUAUGAACAGAUACUUCUCGCUCGCUUCGGCGGAUAUUGUGGUGCCGAAUCAAGAUGCGUGGCAUCUGAUGUGGGACUUCCAAACCCUCAAAGAAAUCAUCGAAACGCUUCCCGGGAAUUCGGCCUUGCAGAAUGAGGCGCUGGUAGUCGCAAAUGACAUCAUGAAUGCCCUCGGCACAGCCGAUCCCGAAGCCAUCGCGCGCAUGCGCGGCAUCGCCGAACGGGUCUUUGGCGAAGGCUGGCAAGCUAAGGGCGCGAAGGUCUACGAAGAGGGUACAAAGCGCGCACAGGUCGUGGGCAUCUCGUAUUGUCAUAUCGACACAGCCUGGCUCUGGCCGUACUCGGUCACGCAGCAGAAAGUAGCGCGCUCCUGGUCGACGCAGGUCGAUUUGAUGGAGCGAUAUCCUGAGCACCGCUUCGCGUGCUCGCAGGCACAACAGUUCAAGUGGCUUGAACAACUGUACCCGCCUCUGUUCGAGAAAGUGAAGGCCAAGGUCCAGUCGGGCCAGUUCCAACUCAUCGGCGGCGCAUGGGUUGAGAACGAUGGGAACAUGCCCUCUGGGGAGGCGCUUGUGCGGCAGUUUUUGUAUGGCCAGCGAUACUUCCAGUCGCGGUUUGGCAAACGCUGCGAGACGGCGUGGCUGCCCGACUCGUUUGGUCUUACGGCUGCGUACCCACAACUCAUACGAGAUGCGGGGAUGAAGUACUUCUUUACACAAAAGUUGUCUUGGAACAACAUUAACGUCUUCCUGCACACGACGUUCAACUGGGUCGGGAUCGACGGCACACAAGUGUUGUGCCAUAUGACGCCUGUCGACACGUAUACCGCGCAGGCGACCGUCGGUGAUGUGAACAAGGCCGUCACUAACCACAAGAACCUGGAGUCAGACGACACCGCGCUACUCGUGUUCGGAAACGGAGAUGGUGGCGGAGGGGCGCUGCCCAAGAUGCUCGAGAACCUCCGCCGCAUUCGCGCGACGACGAACAACCACCGCGAUUUGCCGGCUGUGAGUAUGGGCGCGUCCGUCGAGGAUUUCUUCGGGGAUAUCGAUAGGAACACUGGUGGUGGCGAGAGGUUGCCAGUUUGGCGCGGCGAGUUGUACCUCGAGUUCCACAGGGGGACGUAUACGUCACAUGGCUCGAUCAAGAAAGGGAACCGGAAGUCGGAGAUUAUGCUUCGUGACGUUGAGUUGCUCGCGACGAUGGCGACACUGUUCAAAGCGUCCGAUAGCAAGUAUGUCUACCCGAAGAAAACAAUCGAUGAUUGCUGGGAGAAGGUUCUGCUUAACCAAUUCCACGAUGUCCUCCCUGGAUCCGCUAUUGGUAUGGUCUAUGACGAUGCCGAAAAGCUCUACUCCGAAGUCCGUGAAGCGUGCGGUGAGAUGCUCGACGACGCUCUACGCACAAUUCACCACCAGCGGCAUACCCCCAAGGCCCCGCUUUCUCUGCUCCCGUCCAGCAAGUCGACGGACAUCCUCGCGACGAACACAACCCCAUUCGCACGGUGCGAUGUCGUGCGCGUCCCGCUCGCGAACAGCGCACUGCGCUCGCAGGUCGUCCAGGCGAGCAAGGACGGCAAGCAUGGGUACGCGCUACUCAGCGACGCGGACGCGGAGGGCACGGCGGUCGCGCGGGGCAUGCUGGCGGACUGCAUGCCCGUGUCGGUGUUCACGAACGGGUCGGACCAUUUCGUGUUGAGGAACAGGACUGUCCAGCUUACGAUUUCGAGUGGGCGAAUUACGAGUUUGGUGGAUGUGCAGCUCGGGCGCGAGUUGAUUCAGAAGGGGAAGACUGGUGGUUUGGUGAUCUUCGAGGAUAGGCCGAACUACUGGGAUGCUUGGGAUGUUGAGAUCCAUCACCUUGAAGUCUCCACCCCGCUUCACUUCACCAACGUCCAAGUAGUCGCUGAGGGCCCGCUCCGCGCUUCUGUGUACAGUCAAGUCAAGUAUGGUCAGAGUACCAUCGGAGUCACUAUCUCGCUUGACGCUAUCACUGCGUCACUCAAAGGGAGCUCGCGCUCGUUCUUCCGAUUCGACGCUGAGGUCGACUGGCGCGAGCGGCACCAGUUCCUCAAGUUCGAGCUGCCGCUGGACAUCAACAACACGAGUGCAACUUACGAGACGCAGUUCGGUCAUCUAGCGCGCCCGACACAUCGGAACACGACUUGGGACGCCGCCAAAUUCGAGGUUUGCGGACACAAGUUUGCGGACUACAGCGAAUACGGAUAUGGCGUUGCCUACCUCUCUGAGUCAAAGUACGGAUUCGCCUGUCAGGGCAACGUUUUCCGCAUCUCGCUUCUCCGUGCAGCAACUGCGCCCGAUGCAGAGCAAGAUCAAGGAAAGCACGAGUUCUCAUGGGCGGUGAUGCCGCACGAGGGCUCCUUCCUCGAAUCAGAUGUCCCCAUCGCGGCGUAUAUAUUUAACUCGCCCCUCCAUGUGAGGUUCGCUUCUUCUGAUAAGAUUUCCAAGGAUGCCGUGGACGCUGUCAUGCCCCCGUCGCGUCCUGUGUGGGUCAAGGGUGCCCCGAAUGUCAUUUUGGAGACAAUCAAGCGUGGAGAGGAUGAUUUUACCACCGAUGGUGACGGCACCGGCGAGACUAGCAUUGUCCUGCGUCUCUAUGAGGCGUAUGGCGGACAUGCAAGUGCUACUCUCCAUGUUGCUAGGUAUCUCGGGGUCGAGAAAGCGUACACCACGAACCUGCUUGAGGACGUUGACGCUAAGGCAGCGAUCGCGCUCGACCAUAUGGAAGACAUCAGCUCCAUGAAGCUGGAGUUCAGGGCAUUUGAGGUCAAGACCAUCAAGCUUGUUCUGGCUCCGGACGCGAGUGCUUCGCGACGCCCUCCAAAGCGCGAGAGCUGGGUAACCGUUAGUGACGAAUACGAAGAUACGCACUGCUGAGCGUUGGCGACGGGGACCUAUUUUGACCAAGGAGGGCAAGUUCAUACCGUUCAGGACAACGUUUCACGCGCGAAGUUGCGUCAAAAUGAUGGACGUGGUGUUCUAACUUUGUCGCAAAUUUAAUAGUUCGAUUGCAGCC